CACUCUUUCAAAUGUCGUAUCAAGAGACCAUGGCAGACACGGAUGAAGACUAUUACCUACCGCCCCAGGAUCAGCGCGUCUUUGGAGCCGGCAUUCGGCGCAAGCAGAUCAACUUCGUCCCCGCUUCCACUUCCGAUUCACAAAUACCUACAUCGAAAGCGCCGACCUCGACGAACGCUGGGUCCCGGUAUUUGGCUAUUGUUCUACCGCAGGGUGCUCAAGGGGCGGACAGCGACAUUGCUGAAGCUAAGGACCAAGAUUCAGACGCUUCCAAGCCUCAAGCCUUAUGCGCAAUCUGCAAUCAACCCAUUUCAUCCACCGACGCUCUAUCCAUAAAUCAUGAGACCUCAAUCGCGCAUCAAGUAUGCCUGACACAUUCUUACCCGCCGUCCAACCUUGACCGCGAUCGUGUUGGUCUACGGUACUUGUCGAGUUAUGGCUGGGAUCCCGAUUCUCGAAGAGGGUUGGGUGCCAGAGAAGAGGGUAUCAGAGUACCUAUUAAGACGAAAGAGAAAAACGAUACGGUGGGUCUGCGAGAGACAGUCGACGAGGACGAGAUGAACGUGGUAAAGAAGAAGCAUAACCCAAAGAAUGAGGACAAGAUCGUGAAGUUGAAUGCAAAACAGGUCCGGAUCCUGGACGACGAAGCGAAGAAACGGGCGGAGAAGUUGAGACAGUUGUUCUACGGUCCGGAUCUGGAGAAAUACUUGGGUCCCAACAGUUGAUGAUCCAACAUCUCCGACUCGAUGAAGCUGGCUCGAAUUGUAUAUGGGCAGAACCUGGCCAUCUCCCAUGCAGUGACCAAGACGGGAUUACAUGACUAUACACACCCUCCGCCAGUCCCCUCCUCCACCCACCGACGCCACGCUAAGUCACCAUCAUACAAGCAUGCGCUUCUAAUGCUUCUUGAACAGCCCUAGGUGUUUCUUCUCCUUAUCUUUCUUCAAUUUGUGGUGGCCACUAUCAGCGGACGGCGAUUGGUAUGGUUGUGGUGGUUUUGACGAGGUUGGCGCUGUUCCCACUCCGGGGCGCACGCCAUUCUGUGGCCCCCUGCCACCGAGAUUCAUGUUUGCCAUCGCUUCGGUCGGUGGUCGAACCCUGUCAGGCUGUCUGCCAUUUGCAGGCUGUUGAGGUCUUGGUUGCUGCUGAGCCUGUGGAGGAGGCUCCGACAUCCAUGCUGGUAGCCGCGGGGCGGCUCGAUCCAUUGGCAGAUCCAGCUGCCUUCGCCCAGCACUGAGUUGGCUCACUUGCCGCAGGAAGGUUUUAGGUGUUAUCAUAUGGGUUGUCGCAAGGAAAACUUCUUUCCCAGCCAUCUGUGAGACUUCAUAGCAGGCUCGUGCUUCGGCGUAGGUCGCGCCGCCGGCCACGAACACAAUAAUGCGUUGGCGCGGCUUGUUAGAUUGAGAUCGAGUCUGAGCCCACGUGGGCUUGCCUGUAUUUCUCAGCGAAGUCUGGGAGACGCUCAUCUGGCUAUUUGGAUCAUUGAGAUGUGGCUUCACGGGAGGGAACACCGUAACAUCCAAUGUACCCUGGCAUUGCUCCUCGAGCAUGAACCUCAGAGCCGGCUCAAAGCGUGACAAACUCACUUCCUCCAUGUUAGUGACAUCUCUGACCUUCGGUGGGAAUAAUGGCGGUGGAGUGGGUGUCGCAUCUUUCAACUGCUUCUCAAUCCUAGCACCCAGAGUUAUCAGGUUAUAGAUGAUUUCCCCAUCCAUCGGCGAGAGCUCGCCAUGACACCGCAGCUUUUCGAUGUCUCCCCUCAGAAUGCCAUUCUUGUACAAAAUGUAUA